AUGUCCAAAAUAGCAAAAUUGACUACGGAAGAAGCACCAAGUACUUCAAGGCUUAUAACACGUAAAGCCAUUGAAAAUUUAAAAAAAGUCGAUUUAAUAGGGAAUGUUUCACACCAAAUCAAUGGCGCAAAACUUCCGUCAAAUCGACAGGUUUUGCAAGUUUUAUUUUAUAACAUGCGCUUUGUAGAUCUUACAGCAAAGCAAAGUGCGAAAUUGACAAUCGAUGCAGUUAAAAUAUUUUGGCAUCAAGCUCGUAUACCGAUACGAGAAGAUCACAAAUGUCAGGAUAAAUUAAUAAAAUUAUAUGAUAAGUGGAAAAAUAUCCAAAAAACAUUACCUGAUAAAAGAUCAAAUGCGCAAAAACAACUUGCCGAAACAUUUCUAGAAAAUCUAGACAAUUUAUUUGACAUUGCCACUGCGAAUGCAUUAGAAGAAAUUAAAAUUGUAGAAGAUAAAGAGUUUCUAGAAAUGCAAAGACUAAAAGGACGUCCUGGUUGCAUGACUGGUGUCGAUAUGGCAUUAUAUGAAAAAGAGAAGAGAGUUCAGGAGAGACAAGAGAAGGAGACAAACAGUGAUGAAGACAAUGUUAGUGAUAAAACAAUUGAUCAGUCCAUCAUCAACGAAGAAGACAAAAUCUCAAAUCCUACAUCAAAACGAAAACGAGGUCGCAAAAAUUUCAUAACUGCUCGGUUAGUAUCAGCGCUGGACAAUGCGAAAGUCUCUGAUGGUGCGGCAGUACACAUUCUAAUAGCAGCUGCUGAAGCAUUAGGACAUUGUGCAGAGGAACUUGUCAUAAAUCGUUCAAGUAUUCAUCGUUUGCGUCAAGAAAAUCGUUUGAAAGAAUCUGAAGAAAUUUUGGCAGGUUUUAAGGACAAUGUGAGUAAAAAUGAUACUUUGGUAGCUCAUUUUGAUGGGAAGUUAAUGCAAGAUUUGAUUGGAUCCACAAAAGUUGAACGAAUUGCAGUUUUGGUAAGUUACAACGGCACAUCGAAGUUUCUUGGUGCACCGAAACUAGUAUCUGCUACUGGUAAAAAUAUUGCUGAUGUAGUUUAUGACAGAUUAGUCACAUGGAAUAUUGUUAAUCAAGUGAAUGGCCUAUCAUAUGAUACAACAGCCACCAAUACUGGCAUCCACAGUGGAGCUGUAGCUCUUUUAGAAAAAAAAAAUUGGACGUAA